AUGCAUCUCUUCUCUGCUUUAAACGUUAUAUUAUUCAGCAGUCAAACUUUCGCUUGUCUCGUGCGCUAUGACUGGAAUAUCACAACACUCAAUACGACGCUUUUUGAUGGCGUAAGAGGCAAUUUAGGUUACGGUAUCAACAACGAGCCAGCUGAUCGACACCCAAUCAACAUCACAUUUGGUGAUGAAGUUGAGGUACACGUGACAAAUAAAUUGACGGAAGAUACGUGCAUUCAUUGGCAUGGAUUACGACAAUUUGGAACACAAGAGAUGGACGGUAUCUCUGGUAUCACCCAAUGCCAAAUCCCGCCGAACGUGACUGCUAUUUAUCGAUUUAAACCCGAUAAAUGUGGCACUUUUUGGUUUCAUGGUCACGAAGAAGUUCAAUAUGCCUUUGGUCUUCGAGGACCUCUUAUUGUACACUGUCCACCUCGUCAACAACAGAGUUGGGAAAAAGAUGUUUACAAAGAAUACACAAUUCUACUAGCUGAUUGGUAUCACGAUCUACCUGUCGGAGCUCCUAUUUGGGAUACUGUCUUGAUUAACAAUGUUGGUCGCUAUAAUUGUACAAUAGCACAAGCUGCUGGAUUCGAUUGUGGACCAAAUGCUCCACUCCCUCGUUUCCACUUUAAACCUGGUAAAAAAUAUUUACUUCGACUCAUCAAUACAUCAGCUAUGGCAGCAUUUAAAUUCAGUAUCGACAAUCAUACGUUUCAAGUGGUAGCAAGUGAUGCUGACUACGUGAAACCAUCGACUCCAAUUAAUACAAUUACAAUCAAUGUGGCACAACGAUAUGAUAUUCUAGUCCAAGCUGCAUCAAUAUCACAAUGUCAAACUUUGACUUCUGAAUCAUAUUGGAUUCGUGUACAUUCACUCUUUGGUCUUCCAUGGACAGCUCGUUCAGCUGAUCAAGUUCCUAAUGGUUUUAAUCCUAACGCUUUUGCAAUUAUCGACUAUGAAGUCAACAUGACAUCCGAUCCAACAACAUCAACGUGGCCAAUUGAAGUGACAAUUCCAGAAUUUGACUACCUUCCUGUCACCCCAAUUAGUCUUCCAACCAUUCCAGACCAACGUAUUGUUGUUGAGUUUACUCUUGCUGUCCUUCCACCAAAUCCAACUGCAUUUCUUGGGUACAUUUCACUCAAUGAACAAAGUUUUUCGUCGUUAGAAAUUCCACGUACCCCCCCAUUGUUUACGAUUACCCAAGGUGCAGAUACAAACGACCUUCCAACAACCGCCAAUGCAAUUGCAUUACAAUAUAAUGCCCAUGUUGAAGUUGUAGUUGUCAAUGAAACGCCUGAUCAACAUCCGUUUCAUUUGCACGCUCAUUCUCCGUGGAUUAUCGGAAGUGGUCGCGCAUCACGCGAGAAUAUUCUCGGAAAUAACUUUACGGCUCUUCGACUUGAAAAUCCUAUGCAGCACGACGUAUUUACUGUUCCCGAAUGCGAGACUGACGCCGAAGGAGCGUGUCAAGAUCUUGGGUAUGUUGUCUUUCGCAUGAAUGCUGAUAAUCCAGGUGUAUGGAUGAUGCAUUGUCAUAUUGAGUGGCAUUUUGUCAUUGGAUUGGGAAUGUUGUUUGUCGAAGCACAGGAUGCACUUCAUGAAGAAGGAUUGGGAGCGUUUUCUUCCAAUAUGCUGCUUAGUGUAUGCAAUGGAAACUAUAUAAGUAUUAAAUCAACACGACGCUUGAAAGAACAACCUACGUAUCUUGUCAUUAUGCCGCGCCACGUAAAUUUCCAAACAGAUGAAAGUGAUGAGUACGAAAGUGCGAGAUUACAUCCACUUUUACAAUAUGAUAUGGCAAUUAUAUUGUGGUUGGUACAGCAGAAAGAGAAACGUCCGUGGCUACGGACGUUAAUACACUCGACGACAUCUCGUCGUCGAACACAAGAUUGUUCAUUAUUAAUUUGGUUCGUUUUCAUCACGAUGAUUCCAGAAUUUGGGUUUCCGUACUUUUGGAUUUGCAUUGGCAAUUUACUUGUUGUUGCAACUUUACAAUUUGUUGCCAAUUGUCCUCGACCUUUGGAUUUGCAUCCGAUAUUAUGGCAAAUGCAACAUCAACGCAACUUUAAUGACACACGAGGAUUUCCAUGUCUUGACUCUCAUAUGGCAAUAGUUGUGAUGUUCCCUGCAAUUUUGCACUCUCAGUCUAUGAUCGUACAAUUUAUCUUUGUACUCAUCAUACUCUACAUUGCACUCUGCAAAUUGUUACUUGCAACUCGUUUUUUAUCUCAAGUACUUGCAAGUUUCAUCCUGGGAUUCACUGGAAUUCUUAUUGGGAAUCAUGGAACUAUCAUUAUCAAGAGUUAUAAACUGCCACGAGGGUACAUGAUUGCAGCAAUCAUAGCGCUUUUGGUUUUCUUAAUGCUUGUUCUUGGUACGUGGAUUGAAAAUAAUGAAAGCACGUUAAUUGGUGUACCCAAACAAGAUUUUUUGGACGUUUUUACCAAUAUCCUCCAUUCUGACGUUACAACGUCUGAAAUUCCACUACAACAUCAAGAGUCUCAAACUUUAUCACUUGAGAAUAAAAGCAAUGAUGAAGAAGAAAUCAGCAGUAAACGAGAUUCAUUCUAUUUCCUUAUCCAAGGAAUGCGUGCAAGAAAUUCCAUUAGGAUAUAA